ACCCAGGGAUAUGUCUCCGCCUGACGCGACCUGACAGCUGGCUGGAAAUCAAUGAAGUGCACUUCAGGAAAGAUCACGCGGGUGAUGCGAGGUGGUGGGAGACUGUUUUACCCACUUCCAGCUCUCCUUCCCCGCAGGCUGCACAUCACACUCUGAACCGCUGCCUCUUCCUCGCAAACCCCCUUUUCUGAUGGAAAUACUCUGUGAUUAACAAGAAAUCUUCCUUCUUAAACUGACAUCAUGACGCGGGCAGGUUUUAUCCUGGUGCUCAUCAUCCUCGGUGUCACCUCCUCAGCCCCUGCAGAAUCCAGUUCCAUAGCCGAAAACGAAGACGCACUCCUCAGACAUUUAUUCCACGGCUAUCAGAAAUGGGUUCGCCCUGUGUUAAAUUCUAACGACACCAUAAAAGUAUACUUUGGAUUGAAAAUAUCUCAGCUUGUAGAUGUGGAUGAAAAGAACCAGCUGAUGACAACAAAUGUGUGGCUCAAACAGGAAUGGACAGACCACAAAUUACGCUGGAAUCCUGAUGAAUAUGGUGGAAUUCAUUCAAUCAAAGUCCCAUCAGAAUCUCUCUGGCUUCCUGACAUAGUUCUCUUUGAAAAUGCUGAUGGACGUUUCGAAGGCUCCCUCAUGACCAAAGUCAUAGUGAAAUCCAACGGAACUGUCGUUUGGACCCCUCCUGCCAGUUAUAAAAGUUCGUGCACCAUGGACGUCACGUUUUUCCCAUUUGACCGGCAGAACUGCUCCAUGAAGUUCGGGUCCUGGACUUACGACGGUACCAUGGUUGACCUCGUUUUGAUCGAUGAAAACGUCGACAGAAAAGACUUCUUUGAUAAUGGAGAGUGGGAAAUACUAAAUGCAAAAGGGACGAAGGGGAACAGAAGAGAGGGUUUGUACACGUACCCAUUCGUCACUUACUCCUUCGUCCUGCGCCGCCUGCCUCUGUUCUACACCCUCUUCCUGAUAAUCCCCUGCCUGGGGCUCUCCUUCCUGACGGUCCUCGUGUUCUAUUUACCCUCUGAUGAGGGAGAAAAGCUUUCCCUAUCGACCUCCGUUCUGGUUUCCCUGACAGUCUUUCUUUUAGUGAUUGAAGAGAUCAUCCCGUCUUCGUCAAAGGUCAUUCCUCUCAUUGGCGAGUACCUACUGUUCAUCAUGAUUUUUGUUACCCUGUCAAUUAUUGUGACCGUGUUUGUCAUUAACGUUCACCACAGAUCUUCUUCGACGUACCAUCCCAUGGCCCCCUGGGUUAAGAGGCUAUUUCUGCAAAAACUUCCCAAAUUACUUUGCAUGAGGGACCACGUGGAUCGCUACUCUUUUGCAGAUACAGAGGAGAGUAAACUGGUAGUGAAAGGUAAAGUCCUAGAAAAAAGGAAGCAGAAACAGAUCAGUGAUGGAGAAAAAGUUCUGGUUGCUUUCUUGGAAAAGGCUGCUGACUCCAUUAGGUACAUCUCAAGGCACGUGAAGAAAGAGCAUUUUAUCAGCCAGGUAGUCCAAGACUGGAAAUUCGUAGCACAAGUUCUGGACCGCAUCUUCCUGUGGCUCUUCCUGAUAGUGUCAGUGACAGGCUCCGUUCUGAUUUUUACCCCUGCUUUGAAGAUGUGGCUGCAUAGUUACCACUAGGAGCAAGUCUUCAGAGAACUCUAAUACGUUUACCAUAGAGACAAAACUGCACCUUAGAACUAACACCCAGCUGGCAUGUAUACACAGCGCCCAAAUGCACGUGCUCAUUGGAAGGGUCUGUGUCGUCCUCGUGGAAACUGAACCUUGGUGAAGGUGGUUUUGCCCACAGUAAAUUGGAGGCCGCCACUGAAGUAGGUUGGGUUUAAGUAAAGCAGAAGCUCCACAGGCCCCCGCCUUGGCUUCCACAGCCAUUCAGGGAGGACUCAUAUGUCCAGGCCCCAGGGCACAAGCCAGGAUGCUCAAGGGCUAAUAUUGGUAGGUGACUGAUGCUCCUUGGAAGCUUGGACUGAGGCCUAACCAAGCCUGAGGCCCACAGAGAGUUCAAGGAGGCCUCCAGGUGAUGGCGUUUGUGUGGACAGGACUUGGGUAUCCUGUAUCUACUGCCGUCCUUGGUGGUUUUGCCUGAGUUGCACCUAGGGCUAUGUGAUGUGUAUCUCUAGCGACAUGGGUGAACGCAUCUCGGCAAUCAUUUGGAGAAUUCCACUGGAAUGACAGCCCACAGCCCAGCAUAAUUGUAACUAAGGAAAUUCCAAGAUGCCACUGGUCAAGUAAGGUCCCCCCUGAACGUGGCAUUUAUUAAAAACAGCUUCACUUGUAAGGCUGGUGUUAUUCUAGGCUUCCCAUUCUGUUUCUUUUCUUCCUUUCUUUCCUUUUUUAAAAAGUUCUUUAAAUUUUUUUGGUGAGGACAUUUAUAUUCUACUCUCUUGGAAUUAUUCAUAACAUUAUAAAGGUUUUCAGAUGGUGAAACUGCUGUGAACUGGGACUUGCUUGAAGGUCUUGUCAAAAUAACUUAGAGUAGAAACGAUGUCAUCUGCUACCAGAAGGACAGUCAUUAAUGUCCCUUACCUAUUCUUAGAAAAUCAAAAUACCUGUACUGAACAUUCUCUGAUAAUGCUGUUUGUAAGUCCCCGCAUGGGUCUAAUCCGUUUCAACAGUAACCUCUAGGCUUUCCAUUCUGUUUCUUUUCUCUCUCUCUCUCACAUGUCAGUUCUCUCGUCAAAUUUCAGUCACACCAUACAGUGUCAUCAGCUACAGUCUCCAUGUCGUAAUCAGGUCCUCACGGCCCGUUCACCUCCUGGCUGAGCGUUUGUACCCUUCCACCAUCUCCCUGUUUCCCUUUCCCCCACAGAAGGGGCAACCAUGUUCCUACUCUCUGUUUCUGAGUUUGACUUCUUUUUCUGGGGAGUGGGGGAUUCUACAUCUGAAUGAUACCACACAGUAUUUGUCUUUCUCUGUCUAAUUUGUCUCAGCAAAAUGCCUUGCAGGUUCAUCUGUGUUGUAACACACGAAAGGAUUUCCUUCGUUUAAAGGCUGAAUUAUAUUCCAUUGUGUAUAUACUUCUAUGUGCCACAUUUUCUUCAUUCAUUCAUUCAUUCAUUCAUUCAUCGAUGGACACUUAAGUUGUUUCUAUACAUUGGCUAUUAUGCAUGAUGCUGCAAUGAACAUGGGAGAGCAGAUGUUUCUUUGAGAAAAUGAUUUUUUGUUUCCUUUGGAUGUACUCAGAAGUGGGAUUGCUGGAUCAUAUGGUAGCUCUUUUUUAACUCUAUUUUAUUUCUUUUUAAAAAGAAUUUAUUUAUUUAUUUUUAGAGAAAGGGAGGGAGAGACAGAAACAUCAAUGUGUGGUUGCCUUCUUGCGCACCCUCUACUGGGGACCUGGCCCACAACCUAGGCAUGUGCCCUGACUAGGAAUUGAACCAGUGACACUUUGGUUCACAGGCUGGUGCUCAGUCCACUGAGCCACACCAGCGAGGGCUAUUUUAAUUUCUUGAGGAACCUCCAAAGUGGCUGUUUCAGCUUACAUUCCCACCAACAGGGCACAAGGACUCCCUCCACAUCUCCAGCAUUUGUUAUCUUCUGUGUUUUUCAUGACAGCCAUUCCCACAGGUGGGAAAUAAUAUGUCAUCACAAUUUUGAUUUGCAUUUCCCUGAUGCAAAUUGCACAUUUUCCUAUACCUGGUGGUCAUUUGUAUGUUUUCUUUGGAAAUAUGUCUAUUCAGGACUUAUGCCCAUUUUUAAAUUGGGUUAUUUGGGGUUUUGCUAUUGAGUUAUAUGAGUUCUUUGUAUACUUUGGGCAUUAACCUCUUAUUUGAUAUACAGCUUGCAAAUCUCUUCUCUCGUGCCAUAGGUUCUCUUUUCACUCCGUUGAGAUGGUUUCCUUUGCUGUGCAGAAGAUUUUUAGCUUGCUGUAGUCCCACUUGUUUAUUUUUUCUAUUGUUGCCUUUGCUUUUGGUAAAAAAUCCGCUUCCCCAUCCCGCCCCCACCCCAGGUCAUUGCCAAGAUGCUUUCCCUUCAGUUUCCAUGUGUCUCCCUGACCUCUGGGUGCACUUCAUCUCCUCUGUGCCCCUCACUCUCAAGACUCAUCAGGGUGAGUAUAUUCAGAUGCUUUCUGCUCUCCAAAAUUGCUGCUACCAAAUCCUGGAUUUUAGCUUGAAGCAAUUUUUCUCUUUUCCGAGUUCUAAGUCUAAAUCCCUGUCUGGAUUAUUUUAUUUGGGGCAUGUUUCUCAUAAAUAGUUUGUGUCUGGGACUUUUAAAAACUAAUUUAAGGGUUUAACCCUUUCACAUGUGUUUAGUCUUAUUUAUAUCAUUUUGUUUUGUUUUCUGUAUAAUAUUUUCUUAUUCCUUCUUUUGUUUCUCUUUUUCAGUCCUGACUGAAUUUGUCUGUUCCUUCCUCUUCUCUAAUGGCUUAAGAGUUAUGCAUUCAUUUCUAUUAAUUUAUUAAUAGACAUAUUCAAACUCUUUUUAAUCAGUGUUGAGAAUUAAUGCCUAAAGCCACCAUUCUCUGAACAAAACAAUUCCUUUAGCACCUUACUUCCCCUUUAUCAUCUUUUAUAUUUUGUCAAAGUCAUCAGAAUUUUAGUUCCAGGUUAUUAAUUUUUAUGUAUCUUUCUUCAGAUUAAUUUAUUUACUAUUUAGUUCACAGUCACAUUAUAAACACAUUAAUUGCUUUAUUCAUUACCACUGUUUUUUAUCCUAAGUUUUUCUUUUCUGUGUUAUUAUUUCAGAGGGCGACAUCUCCAAGUAAUUCUUUGAGAAUGCUUUGAGUGCAGUAACUUUUCUGAAUUCUUGAAUUUCAAAAAUUUCAAUUUAUUCUGCCCUUACCAAACAGAUUGGUGGGGCAUAGAAUUCUGAGUUCAGAAUCAUUUUUUCCUAAAACUCUGAAGCCAUUGUUCCACAGUACCCCACAUUACAGAUGAGGAUGAGAGGCCUGGAGAGGGUCGGUUCUCGUUCCUUAUUCCUGUUAGGUUCCAGUGUUGCUUUGUUUUCCUGAAAUCUUAGGCUUUUCUCUUUAUCUUUGGACUUUGGAAACAUCCCCUGUAUGGUAUAUGCUGUGUCUAAGUAUAGAUAUUCCUCUCUCUGUCUCUUUCUCUCUCUCUCCCUUUUCAUCUCAUCAUUUUGUCUUAGCAUUUGUUGACUGAUGUGUUUCUUCAACUGCUGCAAAUUCUCUUCUCUUAUGUCUUUUAUUAUUUCCCAGACUUCAUUCUCACUCUCUUUUCCGUUUUUUUUAAGAUUUUAUUUAUUUAUUUUCAGAGAGGGAAGGGAGGGAGAAAGAGAGAGAGAGAAACAUCGAUGUGCGGUUGCUGGGGUUCAUGGCCUGCAACCCAGGCAUGUGCCCUGACUGGGAAUUGAACCGGCAACACUUUGGUUCACAGCCCGCGCUCAAUCCACUGAGCUACGCCAGCCAAGGCUACUCUCUUUUCCUUUUGAAAUUUUUAAUAAAGAGAUCGUGAUAUUUCUGGACCUUUCACUAACUUUUCUCUCAUAUUCACUAACUUUUCUCUCAUUCUUGGUAUUGCUUUAGUUCUUUACAUUGUCAGCUUGACGUUAUAGCUGACUUGCUCUUCAGUCAUCUUCUGUUCUUUAACUCAGCCCACUACUGAGGAAGGGUUCUUGUUUGUUUGUUUGUUUGUUUGUUUGUUUAUGGUGUAAGCAUGUAUUUGAUUUCUAAGAACUACAAGUUGUCUCUUUGGUCAUCUUAUCCUCUGAAAUAUUUGGGAAAAUACUAAUUAUAGUUACUUUAAAAUCCUCUAUUGUCUGCAUUAAUUUUUUUUUCAGGGGUUAAUUCUUCCAACUUUUGAUGCUUUUUGUGGUCAUUUGACUCAAACGUUCAGUGAUUUCUGAUUUGUUUAUUCACCCAACAGUAAAAACUAUUUCUACACAGGAGACCCGGCUCCAGUCAGUUUCCUUUACUGUUUGUGUCUAAGAAAGCGUUUCUCAGGCGCAUGUGGGCAGCUCACCUCUUAUGGGCGGGGGCACCCCUUCCUCCAUGGCAGGCCCCGCCCUGGUUUCCCGGGUGUCAGGACGCCCACAUUCAUGGGACAGACGACUUAGCAACUAUGGAAGUAGAGGACGUAUGCAGCUGUACUUGGCCCUUCACCUGAUUACUGAACAAUGACACUUCCUCUUUAAGUCUCCCCUUAUAUUAUCCUAGGGUCACUGUGGAGAUUUUCUAGAAAAAAAAACAGCCUCUUUGUUGGUCCCAUCUUUCCUGCAUGGGACCACAGUUCUACUGCUCUCUUAGGUUUUACUACAAAUCUGGUCAUAUCUGUCCUACAUGUUCCUGCCAUUCCCAUCAGUCUGGCCUAUGAAGGUACCCUGGCCAACUUUCCAGUGCUGUUGUGGAUUUGUUUUCAUUUUGUCUUUCUUCUCUAGUGUGAAUAGGAUUUGGAGUAGGAAAGAAAAGAAGGAAACACAUCAGCCAGCCAUUUUAUACUAGAAAUCUUAUUAAAAUCCCAGUCCUGUCAGACAUGCCCAAUUAAUACAUGGCAACCAAAACACUGAAAACCAAAGGAGGCAACACGCCAUGAUAAGAGUGUGAAUCUAUUUGGAGGGAUCCAAAUAAUCUUGGCUUUGCACACUGGUGGAGGCUGGACAUGGAUGGAGACUGGAAAGAUGACUUUCUUAGGAAUAGAAUUGCAAAUUUAUUGACAAAAAAGAAAGGCAUGUACAUAUUUUUCAUUAUUGAUUUUUGAGAGAGGAAAAGAGAGAGGUAAAGAGAAAUAUCAUUUUGUUGUUCUACAUAUUUAUGGUUGCCCUGACCAGGGAUCGAAACUGAAAUCUUGGUGUACCGGGACAAUGCUCUAACCAACUGAGCUACCCAGCCAGGUGGUGAGACAUGCCUUGGAGUUCAUGAUCUUGGCAAGAGGACCACGUCUACUCUAACAGGGUUCUUCAUGCCUGACUGUUUCCAGCCUCCGGGACAUUUGCGUGGCCUCUGACUGCUUCCAGGCAGAUCUCCCGCCUGUGCAUACCAACUAGCCCUUCUCCUUUCCACACCUAACCUCUUCUCCGCUUGUGCCCUUGAUCCCUCCUCUUGGAAAUCGUUUCUUUAAGUACCCUCCCUGUCUUGCGUGACUCUCUUUUGUAGGCCUAUAAAGUUCUGAGAUCUGCUCUAUUCUUAAAACAAAAAGAACCAAGCAAAAAAGAAUAGUAGAAUUUUUCAAAUAUCCUGAACUGCAUUUUAGAGAGAUUCAUGCCAUUCAAAUUACUCUAAAUAGCAACUCUAAAUUCUAAAAAAAAAA